AACAGAUACAACGUGAAGGGCAAAAGGCUGCCUAAUUGGGAUGUUACCACAGAUCAUCACGGUUGUUUUCGCAGCCACGGGUGUCCUCGGGGUGGUGCGUGUGUGACGGCAGCCACUGGGACGAGGAAACCAGAUGGGGACAGAGGUCCAGUGUGGGCCGGCCGCUCACAGCAGCAGGAAACAGCUGAGCUGGUGAAAUAUCAGAGGAGCUCUUUUCUGGGAGGCUCAGGAGGAGAUAAACAAACCUGCAGAGGCAAGGAUUAAGGAGACCUGCAUAAAUCCCAGGAACAAACCGAGGAUGUGAGAAGAGGGGAACCGGAGUUUAAGCAUCCAGGGCGCGAGGAUCACAGUGCAGGAUAUGCAGGUUUAUGCACUCUGACUCCUGCGGCACGAGACAAGCGGGGGAGCAGGACUAAAGGGAGGAUCGGGGCCUCGCUAUAAGAGCUCGCUCUGGAUUUAGGACAGUGUGCAUCACGUAGGGGGCAGGUGCUGCGGCUCCCGUCUGCCUGAUACGUGAGUCGACGCACUAAAAAGUCGAUGAGGGGGACUGCGUGGGAGGGAGACAGCCAAACAGAGCGAGACAGCCAGUUUUAAGUGGAGGCUGGGGGAGUUUUCUUUAAACUUGUCGGCUCCAGCAGGGCCAGAGCGGGCAGCGAUGAGUCAGAGGAAGCUGACACGACAGAUGAGGUUGUGGGAGAGUCCUGAGGGUCCUCCUCCUGCGCCCUCUCUCACCUCACCCCUGUCACCGGGCGAUCCGCCGCGAGGACACGGGGGCUCCUCUUUGUUUCGGCGAAUGAAACUGAACCGCAGUAUUCAGGAGCGCAGACGCUCCUCUCACUGUAACAUCACAUCUCUGGGCAGCUUCGAUUCAGAGAAUGGUCCCUCGCCAGGACGCAGUCCCAUGGAUUCGCAGGCGAGUCCUGGGUUGGUGCUCCACCCUUCUUUCCCCCAGAGCCAGCGACGGGAGUCCUUCCUGUACCGCUCCGACUCCGACUACGACACGUCCCCCAAAACCAUGUCACGCAACUCCUCCAUCAACAGUGAGGGGCACGCCGAAGACAUGAUCGUCACCCCUUUCGCUCAGGUGUUGGCCAGCCUACGAACUGUAAGAAGCAACUUCACCAUCCUCGCCAAUGUCACAACACCCACUAACAAGAGGUCACCAGUGACAAGCCAACCCACUGUUCCCCAAGCUACACUCUCUGAGGAGACGUACCAGCAGAUGGCUCGGGAGACUCUGGAGGAACUGGACUGGUGUCUGGACCAGCUGGAGACCAUUCAGACCCACCGCUCCGUCAGCGAGAUGGCCUCCAACAAGUUCAAGAGGAUGUUGAACAGGGAGCUGUCCCAUUUGUCAGAGAUGAGUCGCUCAGGGAACCAGGUGUCAGAAUACAUCUCCACUACCUUUCUAGAUAAACAAAACGACGUGGAGAUCCCGUCCCCGACCUUGAGGGAGAGGGAGAAGCCCAUGUGUCACAUCAGCGGUGUGAAGAAGCUCACGCACAGUUCCAGCCUAUCGAACUCCACCACGCCUCGAUUCGGUGUGAAGACUGAGCAUGAGGAGGCGUUAGCCAGGGAGCUGAACGACUUGAACAUAUGGGGCCUUAAUAUCUUUCGUGUGGCAGAGUACUCUAAUAACCGUCCCCUCAGCUGCAUCAUGUUUGCCAUCUUCGAGGAGAGAGAUCUACUGAAGACCUUUCGGAUCCCUGUGGAAACGUUUGUCACCUAUGUGAUGACCCUGGAGGACCACUACCACGCCAAUGUGGCCUACCACAACAGCCUCCACGCUGCAGAUGUCACUCAGUCCACUCAUGUACUGCUGUCCACUCCGGCGUUAGAUGCUGUGUUCACUGAUCUAGAGAUACUAGCUGCGUUAUUUGCCGCUGCCAUCCACGAUGUGGACCAUCCAGGAGUGUCCAACCAAUUCCUCAUUAACACGAACUCAGAGCUGGCCCUGAUGUACAAUGACGAGUCAGUGUUGGAGAACCAUCACCUCGCUGUGGGCUUCAAGCUGCUCCACGAGGACAACUGUGACAUCUUCCAGAACCUGAGCAAGAGGCAGCGGCAGAGCCUGAGGAAGCUUGUUAUUGAUAUGGUUUUGGCAACAGAUAUGUCUAAACACAUGAGUUUGCUGGCAGACCUCAAGACUAUGGUGGAAACCAAGAAAGUGACAAGUUCUGGAGUACUGCUGCUCGACCAUUACACUGACCGGAUACAGGUGUUGAGGAACAUGGUGCACUGCGCUGACCUGAGCAAUCCCACCAAACCCCUGGCUGUGUAUCGACAAUGGACGGAGAGAAUCAUGGAGGAGUUCUUCAGGCAGGGGGAUAAGGAGAGAGAGCGAGGGAUGGAGAUCAGUCCCAUGUGCGACAAACACACUGCAUCUGUGGAAAAGAGCCAGGUGGGCUUUAUUGACUACAUUGUCCACCCACUGUGGGAGACAUGGGGGGACCUUGUGCACCCUGAUGCCCAGGACAUCUUGGACACUCUGGAGGACAACAGGGACUGGUACCAGAGCACCAUCCCACAAAGCCCUUCCCCUCCUCCCGUGUGCCAGGAUAAGGAUCUAAACGCCUGCAUCGACAAGUUUCAGUUUGAGCUCACCCUCGAUGACAGCUCUCAGAGAGAAGAGGGAGACGAGACGGACGAGACGACGCCAAACCACGUGGCACAGGACUGCAGUCAGGGGGGGAGGAGGAGGAGGAGGAGGAGGAGGAAGAAGAGGAGGGUAAAAAAGAGGAAGACAUUAUGGCAGAGGAGGAAAAUGAGGAUAUAAUAGAAGAGGAAGACGAGGUGGCUAUGGAGGAAGAGGAUGUGGAGGAGGAGCUAAAAGCUCAGUUGGAGGUGAGAUCUGAAAAGGAGAGACUUUCUGACACAAGUCCUGUAGAGGAGGAGGAAGAUUCUUCUUCACAAGCUGAAGAUACAUGAGUUCUGCUCCUGUGUCUCCCUCCCCACUUGCACACAUUAUCUUGUUCAUCCUUUCAAUGGCCAAACCAAGAACAAAUAAGACUGCAAUGACAAUACAGACCUUUAAAUAUAUUUUUCAAAAAGGGAAUAUAUUAAAAUCGCUUAAAGAGAAGGUGAUUACACAGCAACUGUAGAUUUGAAGUGGUGACAAGUCCUCCGACCGACUUCACAACAAACUUUAGACUAAGAGGAAUUUAGGAGAGCAUUAGCGACGGGCAACUGAAGACAGCGUAGCACUCUGGGACUGGAAUGCACACACACAAACACACAGAAAGGGACACACAAAUACACACACACACACACACACACACACACACACACACACACACACACACACACACACACACACACACACAGAAAGUAACAAGCUUGAACACAUAGUAGGAACAAGUCAUGAAUAAAACAAUUCAACGUGCGUAUGUGCAUGCUUUAUAUGUCAUGCAGUAUAAUUGGAGCACAAAUGUACCCCCUCCUUUCUGGCAAACACACACACACACACACACACACACACACACACACACACACACACACACACACACACACACACACACACACACACACACACACACACACACACACACUCGACUGUAUGUUUGCUUGUGUGCAUUGAGGGACAUUGAUCAGUAAUGAAUCUCUUUGGAAAAAGCCAUCUCUUAAUGGAGUAUUAACUAGUGUUCAGUCAGUAUUAGUAAUUCAUGUUAGAACUUCAACAGAAACUGUUCUCCUCAGAAAAGCUUCACAUCCGGGUGACUUUUUUUUUCCAUUUCUGUCGGAAAGAAAAAUAAGAAAAUCCACAGAGUUGGAGGAGGAGAAGAGAAGAAGAUAUACCAAGGGUAAAGAAGAUGCUGCGACGAGGGGGGGCCCGCCGGGUCCCGAACCCCUUUUCCCUUUACGAGGAGAGUGCUACUGGUGCAAGAUGGCUCUGUGCCUUUCUGAAACACCAGCUUCCUGAACGGAGCUGUCGUGAAGCAAUGCAUUGUGGGACAGGAGUGUCUGAUUUUGUUAUGGUUUUUUUUGAUUGUCUCUCGUUAAAGAUCUCUCUUUACUGUUCAUGGUAUUGUGGUGUGUCUCUCACACGUCCCGUUUUCUGUGGUGAUAUGUUUUAAGCUAAAAGUCUUCCUUUGUUGCUCUUCUGGUAAUAUAAUAACUCAGAACUCUAGAUGCAGAGCAAUCACUACCACCGCCACAAACCACCAGUGGACUCUUUCCAGCUUAUCUUUUAUUUUCUUAAUAGAAUACAUUCUUUUGUAACUUUCUGAGAAUAAGCCAUGUGAUGCUUUGAAGCAUAAGUUUUGCCUAUUUUCUAUUUAACAGUUGCUAAAUAUGUUAAAGGGAUACAGAAUUACUUCAUCAGCAGAACAAAUUUCCACUCGCCAUCUCACACCCACUUGCACUGCGUGGUUAUAUCUCCUCAUACACAAAGAUUCUCACCAAAGUAAAGGAUGAGAAACUCCAGAGGGUGAAGUGAUUUGAAGGAACAGAGACGAAUAGGAAAAUCAGGGAGGCAGAAUGUUUGGAGAAAGAAAGCGGUGGAUCGGUGGUCCCUAAUCAUCCUCGUUAUGUUUGAUGCUUUUUUGCCUUAAUGUCAGAUGCAGGAUACAUACCUGCAAGUAUGUAGAUUUAUAAGAUAUAUAAUAGAUAUCCUAGUAUAUUUAUAUCACGUCUGUAUGCUUAUUUCUGUGAGUAUCAGUGUGUCUACAAUGUAUCCAGCAUUGCAUUUGGAGGGGAGAGGGGAACAUUGCUGCCAGUUAGUUGUCAUGUUGUUGCUGUGCUCGGACCAACGUAAAGAAUGUGUCGUUUUUUAAUCAGAUGGUGAAAAUCUUUAGCGACCUGGAGGCACGGAGAAGAAAUCAGAAACGAGAGGCGAUGAGAAUGAAUAAGGAUGUUUGAAUCUGACCAGGUAUUGAUUUGUUGACAUGGUGGAGGUGAUGCAUGUGUGUGAUUGUUUGCGUGACUUAUUGUGUUGUCGUGAGUAAGCGAGCGGGUAACAGAAGGAGAAGGCAGGAUGCUAAAGAUGUCGUCGUACGUGUCAUUGGUCCAUCGCUGGCAUCACAACAUUGUCCUUGAAUGGCGUUCAGGAUUCGAUCAGCACAGCUUAAAGAGGUCACAGUUUGUUUAGGUGUUUGUUUUUCACAGGGUAAACAACAACAAAAAAAUAAUAUAAAAGAACAUGAAUGUGGUUCUUUUGGAGGGUAAGUUUCUGCAGGUCAGUAACUGAGCUUAUCUGAAGACACCACAGCUCGGUGCAACAGAAGCCUGUGUGUUUGAACUGCUCCGUCGCAGGAUGGAGCGGAGCUGCCGGGCCACCACACAGGCUUUCCUCUUGUGGAAUGGGAAUCCAGGAUUACUAUUGCAGUUACUUAAAUAAAAGAUUCCCAUAUGCAUCGGCCUUUUACUUUAAAGAUAUUGCUUUGUUUUUGUGGCUUCUUGUUAUGUCAUAAGCUAUAAAAACAUUAAUAUUUACUUGCCAUACAAACACGAUACUGUAGCAAUUGUUUCUUAUUAAGAAAAUUAUUCAAUUGAUUGAUUGCUGCCAUUCUUUUUAAAUUAUGAAAAGAAAACCAUGGGAAGUGUUUUCUUUGAACAGUUUGUGUACAGUUUAUUUUUAUAUCAUUCGGGUGGAUGGUCUGGAAAAUGAAUCACGUGUUGAUGAUAUAUAGCUAUAAGCAUUACCACUCUUGUAUAUAAUGUAAUAUUGGAUUGUAAAUUAUAAAUUUAUCCAAGUUUAUGAUUGACAAACAACCAAUUAAGGUUGUUAAGUGAAUCACUAAAACACUGCAGGCCACAUCCUCACCUUUCCAUUCUCUGGUUUUGAUCUCGCUCACUUGUGCUAACAUUUUUUAAUCGUCCACAUUUAUUGUUAAAAUCAAAUAUAUUUGUACCAGCACUUUAUUUCGUCAGGUUUUGAGGCGGACAGUGUGUUUCAGGUAGUGUACAGUCUGUGCUGGUGGUUUGGUCAUUGGCAGUCACCUGUUGAUUAUACCCCAUUGGGCCAAAUCACAAACCGUCAUUGUGCAGUAGUCAAUGUUAACCCCUUUUCUAGAGGCAUAAUCAAACAAACUAGUCAUUCUCUAUUAAAGGUCCGUGUGAGAUUGAACUACUUUGACUGAUAAAGUCAAAUGUAAGCUGAUGGGAUGUGACAUGUUGAAAGGAAAUAAAUGUGUCCUUAUCUAACUUGGCCAUUUAUAGUACUAUCACCACCUCUAUUUCUUAGUAACUUUAAUCAUUAGCCUGAUGGCCUACAUGUCCGUCCAGUGGUGGCCUAACUAGCUGGUUCCCAUCUGGGUUGCUGUCAGGUUACUUUGUCGCAGACUUACUCCCUCUGUGAAUAAUUCUCUGGGCUUUAAUUCAUGUGUUUGUUCACAAGUAACAAAGAUUAUUCAAGGGGAAAAAACAACAUGAAAUGAUUGUAAUAUUUGUAAAUGAUCUUGCCGUAAUGUGUAAAAUGUGUCCAAGUUAUUUUUUAUUAUAUUAUUUUUAUGAAAGUUUUUCCUCUCAACAGAGCUGAGGUGUCAUUUUGUGAAUAAAUGCAUUUAAUAAGCAAACAUCUAUAUAUAAAACAAUACUAUAGUAUAUCAGUAUAUUUUUCUUUUAUUUCACUGUUCGGUACUGUAAAGUGUGUUAAAAAUACAAAUAAAGUAAGAUUUUUAUAUU